CAUUCGAUUCAUUCGUUGUGUACGAUAGUCGCGAGACUUGUAGAUUUGCUCGUUGUUCUAAGAGAUUGUGCAUGUGGCACAUUGGACACAUGUCUUGUAUAGAUUGGCUGUAAUCAUAAAUGCAUUUUUUGUAGCUAAUAUAAUUUUAAUAAAAUUUUUGGAGAUGGGGUUCAUAUUUUUUUAUAUGCUCUUGUUAUGCUCUACUCAACUCGGAGCAGAGAAGAUCAACAAAUAUGUGACAACUUUAAUAAAUGCCAAAUGGAAUGAGACACCUCUCAUUUUGGAAGCAGCUGAGUAUCUUAGUGAUGAAAAUCCAAGUUACUUUUGGAAAUUUAUUGAUGCAUUUUCCAAUAAAAUUAAUAAUUUUGUAAUAGGUACAGAAAAAGAAAAUUACGAUACAAUUCUGGAACUGGCUAGCAAGUAUUUAUCUGAGUCAGAAAUAGCAGUUUUUAAGUUAGGAUUGUCUUUACGUGUUUAUUCUGCACGUGUUGAAAUGUUUUCUCAAAUGGCUGUGAAUAAAAAUGUUUCUUCAUAUGAAUGCGAUAAUGUUGUCGACAUUGGUGGAACAUUUACCUGUGCUUUAGAUGACAUAGAUGAAUUACUUAAACAGAAUACAUGGGAAACUGCAGAUACUUAUGAUGUAGAUCAUCGAUAUUUAAGUACAUCAGAAUCGGAUAAAGCAAUAAUAUUGUAUGGCCAAAUUGGAACUUCUACUUUCAUUCAUUUUCAUGAAAAGUUAAAAAACAUAGCGGAAACAAAAGGGAUCAAUUAUAUUUUGCGUCAUUAUGUAAAGGAUAGAACAAAUAAGAAAUUGUGUUUAUCGGGCUAUGGUGUAGAGUUGCAGAUGAAGUCUACAGAAUACAAAGCAACUGAUGAUUCUGACAUUAAAGACAAUACAGGAAAGAGUUCAGAAGUGACAAAUGACGGCAUGGAAGAAAUUGAAGGAAUCAACUUUAUGACUUUAAAAAAAUUAUAUCCAGAUCAACAAGCUGAACUGGAUAAAAUACAAACACAUUUACUGGAAACUAGUCACGAAAUUGGAGCUUUCAAAGUAUGGCAAUUUCAAGAACUAAGUCAUCAAGCAGCUGAAAGAAUAAUGAAGUCCCCCUAUGCAGAAGCAUUAAACGUUUUAACUGAUAUAUCACAGAAUUUUCCUAUGCAAGCAAAAUCGUUAAUUAGAACCAAGGUGAAUAGUGAUAUGAAAAAAGAAAUGAAGUUAAAUCAGGAAAUAUUCAUGGCAAGUUUAAAUAUACAACCAACUGAUACAGCUCUUUUUAUCAAUGGCUUAUUUUUUGACCUGGAAGCCAUUGAUGUACUAACGCUUUUAGAAUCUCUGAGAAGCGAAUUACGAGUGAUGGAAGCUCUUCAUAAAAUUGGCUUUACUAACAAAAAGAUGAGUAAACUGCUAGCUUUGGAUUUAUCUGGAGGCACAGAUAAUCAAAACUUUGCAAUGGAUAUAAGAGAUUCUGCAAUUAAUUGGAUCAACGAUAUUGAGAAUGAUUCACGUUAUAGCAGAUGGUCGCCAUCGUUAACUGAAUUAUUACGACCAACCUUUCCUGGCAUGCUGAGAAAUAUUAGAAGAAAUUUGUAUAAUCUGGUAUUAAUUAUCGAUCCUCUGAAUGAAGAUUCAAUGUCUCUAAUAACUUUAGCACAAUCUCUUUACGCACAUUCAGCACCACUGAGAAUAGGAUUUGUCUUUGUGGCAAAUUACAAUACAUCCGUAAUUGGUUUAACGGAUGCUAGUGUUGCAGUGAACAAUGCAUAUCACUAUUUUGCAGACACCAAGAGUACUAAAGAAGCUUUACAUUUCUUAGCAGAGUUAGGAAAUUACAUCGGGCCUUAUGGUGCAAGCGUAGACGAUAUAAAAAAAGUUAUUAGAUCCAAGGACUCUUCCGCUAAUAUAAAUUACAUUCUCGGUGAAGAAUCGGAAUAUGAUGUAGGACGACAUCUAACCAAUGACUUUAUAAAACGAUGUGGUUUCAAAAAAUUUCCACAAGCUUUGUUAAAUGGUGUGCCUUUAACACCCAAUCAGAUAAAUUCUGAAUCAUACGAGGAAGCCGUAUUGUCUACUAUUAUGUCACAAACACCUAUCAUUCAAAAAGCAGUAUAUCGAGGUGAAGUAACCGAAGGAGACGAUGUUGUUGAUUUUCUUAUGAGCCAACCCAAUGUUAUGCCACGAUUGAACGAGCGUAUUUUGAAAGUGGACAAGAAUGCGUGGUUAAAUUUAAUUGGCUCAAUUCCUGAAGAUGAGGAUUACACCAAGUGGAGUAUUCAAGAUCUAUCAACUUAUUUGAUGAAGAAGAUACACUAUUUUUUUGUACCACGUCGCAGUAAUACGCAUCACUUAUUUUCUUUCUGGGUUGUAGCUGAUUUAAAAUCAUUAUCUGGCAGACAAUUACUACGAGAAGCUCUUGAAUAUGUAGAAUCGAAUACUGAUGCGCGAGUUGGUAUUAUUAUUAAUGCAGAAAAUGAUGAAAAUCUAAAAUCUGAUAUUAAUAAAAUUGUCCUUUCUGCAUUGAACGCAUUAUCACCAGAAAGAGCUAUUCUUUAUGUACGUAAAGUAAUCAAAGAAGACAAUGCAGCUCUUAUUGCGGAUGGCAACUUUAACAUUGAGGAUGAAUCCGUCAUAGCAAUGUUGGAAAAUCAAAAUCCGAUAUUAUUGUUGCAUCAGCAUUACGUCACAAACGCUUUAAAUUUAGAGACGGGAGCAAAAGCAAUUUUGUGUAAUGGUCGUGUCAUUGGUCCCUUGGAUAAUGGCGAGGAAUUCACAAGUGAAGACUUUUCUUUGUUAGAAAGAUUUAGUCAAAGUACUUACGGCGAUAAAUUAUUUAUGAAAUUAAUAAAGGAUCAAAUCUUCAAUGAUGAAUAUGAAGAAAAUGACAUCACGGAUGAUACGAUUAUGAAGAUCACUUCGCUCCUAGUGCCACGACCACAAACUCGAAGUCGGUAUGAUGUUCCUUUCCAUGGAGAUGAUCACAGUGUUAUCAAGAUUUUAGCGGCCAAUCCUGAUGAAGUUGCUUUCAACUUUAUUGCUAUUGCAGACCCAGUUUCACGCGGUGCUCAAAAAUUGGGUCCAAUAUUGAAAACAUUACAGCGAGCCUUAAAUUGCAAUAUAAAGGUGUUCUUAAACUGCUUAGACAAAAAUAGUGAUAUGCCAUUGAAAAGUUUUUAUCGAUUUGUGCUCGAACCUGAGCUGCAGUUCACAACGGAAGGAAAUAUCAGUGGCUCUGUUGCAAAAUUCACAAAACUCCCGACUUCGUCAUUACUGACACAAUAUAUUCACGCACCCGAAAAUUGGCUGGUAGAAGUAGUUCGCAGUGUCUAUGAUUUAGAUAACAUCAAACUCGAUAAAGUCGCGAUGGGCGUUCACAGCGAAUACGAGUUGGAAUAUUUGUUGCUCGAAGGCCACUGCUUUGAAGCAGUAAUGGGGAAUCCACCGAGAGGCCUUCAAUUCACAUUAGGCACUGAGAAACAAUCUGUGAUGGUUGACACUAUAGUAAUGGCCAACUUGGGAUACUUCCAGUUGAAGGCAAAUCCCGGCGAAUGGGUGUUGCGACUCCGGCAAGGACGCUCCGCAGAAAUAUACGACUUUACCACUGUCGACGGACAAGAUGUUAUUCAGAAUGGCAACGAUGUGAAAGUGCUAAUAAGUUCUUUGAGGAGUCACGUGCUAAAAAUCAAAGUUUCUAAGAAGCCAGACAAGACAGCAAUGGAUCUCUUAUCAGACGACGAGAAGGAUUCUGGAUUGUGGAACUCUAUUUCUAGGACGUUUACUACCACAGACGAAAAUGAAGACCAAGAUGAAAAAUUAAAUAUUUUUUCUCUCGCCUCCGGCCAUCUAUAUGAAAGAUUCUUAAAGAUCAUGAUGUUAAGUGUCAUUAAACAUACUAAAAGUCCUGUCAAGUUCUGGUUCUUGAAGAAUUACCUCUCACCAACAUUAAAAGAUUUUCUGCCACAUAUGGCUAAAGAAUAUGGCUUUGAGUAUGAACUCGUCCAAUACAAGUGGCCUCGCUGGCUUCAUCAACAGACCGAGAAACAGAGAACUAUUUGGGGAUACAAAAUAUUGUUCCUCGAUGUGUUAUUCCCGCUGAACGUUAAGAAAAUAAUUUUUGUCGAUGCUGAUCAGGUUGUAAGAGCAGAUUUGAAAGAAUUAGCAACCAUGGAUCUCCGCGGUGCGCCAUAUGCGUACACACCUUUCUGUGAUAGUAGAACUGAAAUGGAUGGAUUCAGAUUUUGGAAGCAAGGAUAUUGGAGAAAUCACUUACAAGGGCGCGCUUAUCACAUCAGUGCGUUGUACGUGGUAGAUCUCAAACGAUUUCGCCGCAUUGCUGCCGGAGAUAGGUUGCGAGGACAGUAUCAGGCGUUGAGUCAAGAUCCAAACAGCCUAGCGAAUCUUGAUCAGGAUCUCCCUAAUAAUAUGAUUCAUCAAGUGGCCAUCAAGACAUUACCACAAGAGUGGCUAUGGUGUGAAACAUGGUGUGACGAUGCAUCCAAGCAGUACGCUAAGACUAUAGAUCUGUGUAAUAAUCCGAUGACUAAAGAGGCCAAAUUACAAGCAGCCAUGCGUAUCUUGCCCGAGUGGAUAGGUUAUGAUGAAGAAAUUAAAGCUCUGCAGCAGAAGAUAGAGAAUGCGAAUAGACAGACGGAAAAAGACAAUGAAACUGUUGACGAUGCCUCGAAGCACGAAGAAUUGUAAAUUAUAUACAACAACCUAGGUAUAUUGAACCGAGGUUAUUGAAUUCUGUAAAAAAAGAAUUUCUGUUUUGUAGAUUCAUGAAAUGUUGAUACGUAAAAAUUCUUCGUUUCACUUUUGUAAUUGACAUUUGGCACUUUAUGUGUAAAUAUUUGCCAUGGAUGCUCGUUCGUCAAAUAACGAUGCAUAAGCCAAAUGUUUUUCUUACUUAUUCUCAUUACACUUUACACUUUAUACAAUCGUAAAAUUUCAAAAGUGUCUUGUUUUUUUUCUUCUCCUUUUUAUGCAGAUAUGAGUGAAUCUAAUUCUCUUCAAACCAAGUCGAAGCGAAUAAUCGGUAAAAUUCAAUAACUGAUAAUUGUUGAGAUUACAGUAUUCCAGUUAUUCAUGAACACACGUCUCUCUUUUUUGUUGUUCAUGCUACUAGACCAAUUGUGAUUUAUUGUCUACUAUGCUAGUUGUAAGGAAUAAACUUGUAACAUUUGUACUAUA